UGGGCCAGAGUUCUUGGUUUCAUGCUCUUUCUCUGCUGCCCAUGAAUGGGUGGUCCUCGGUGAGUGAGGUGUUUUGAGGCCUGGGGAAAGGUGCAGCCUGGAAGGAUGGUUCGGAUCUUGGCCAAUGGGGAAAUUGUGCAGGAUGAUGACCCCCGCGUGAGGAAUACUACCCAGCCACGCAGUAGCACUCCUCGACAGAGCUUUCUCAAUAGGGGCCACGGUGCCUCCCUGGGGGGUCCCGGCCCCCGCCAGCAGCAGGCAGGUGCCAGGCUGGGUGCCGCUCAGUCCCCCUUCAAUGACCUCAACCGGCAGCUGCUCAACAUGGGCUUCCCACAGUGGCAUCUGGGCAACCACGCCGUGGAGCCGGUGACCUCCAUCCUGCUCCUCUUCCUGCUCAUGAUGCUCGGCGUGCGCGGACUCCUGCUGGUGGGCCUCAUCUACCUGGUGUCCCACCUGAGUCAGCGGUGACCUCUGGGGGCUGCUGGGGGCAGGUGUGUGGGAGGGGGAGCUGCGGGGCUUCGGUGUGAGAGCAGGCACGUGGGGAGGAGCUCCACACCGGUGCCGUGAGGGUGUGCUCAGAGAGCCUGUGUGCACAUUGUGUUAAGCAAGAGGCAGAGGGAGCCUCUAGUCCAACAUUCCCAAAGGAUCGGGUGAUCCCCACUUCAUUCCCUUGAGAUGCGUUUAUGUCAGACAUUAAGCACAAAGUCACAGCAAGAGAGGGAUUCUCUUUCCAAUUCUCUUCCAAUCCUUUUAUGCCAAGAAGAAAGUGUCUGCUAGGUGCCAAUGUGUUUUCAUGCCCAGAACAUGGGCUGGCUUCCCCGUUACUAAGGAGCAGGCCUGGGGCUUAGUGGGAAAAGUUUCCAAACUUUUAUAGCUCCGUUCCAUUUUAAUGGUAUAUUUUUAUUGGCUACCUUUUAUUUAUGACACGUGGUACUGGUAUUCUACUUAUUGUGGUGGCGUUUUCAAUAAAGAAAUUUAAGUAAAA